CUGUCGCAACAAGGAGAUUAAUCAAUGUGAUUCAGUCUGCAUAUAUAUAUCUGACAGAGACUCCUGUCAUCACUCACCUGUCUGGUACCUGAAGAACACUUCACAUUUACCUGACUGCUGCUUCUCUCUUUUUCAGACUGUGAGCAUCCACCUCCCUCCAGACGUUCAUUAGCUUUCAUCAUGAAGAUUCUGCUGGUCCUCUCUGUUCUCCUCUGUGCUGCUCUGUCCAUCAGGGCUGCAACAGUUGUUGUAGCUGAGGCUGCUGCAGUACCACAGGAAAACCAACCUGCACCAGAAUCAGUUGUUCCAGCUGAGGCUGCUGCAGUACCACAGGAAAACCAACCUGCACCAGAAUCAGUUGUUGUAGCUGAGGCUGCUGCAGUACCACAGGAAAACCAACCUGCACCAGAAUCAGUUGUUCCAGCUGAGGCUGCUGCAGUACCACAGGAAAACCAACCUGCACCAGAAUCAGUUGUUGUAGCUGAGGCUGCUGCAGUACCACAGGAAAACCAACCUGCACCAGAAUCAGUUGUUCCAGCUGAGGCUGCUGCAGUACCACAGGAAAACCAACCUGCACCAGAAUCAGAGAUGGAUGCUGCUACUGAUGUUGCUGAUGGCAGAGAACCUGUUCAACGUCAAGCCCGUUUUUAUUUCUGCCUUGAAGGUUGGCAUAGUUUCCGUGGUAACUGUUACUACUUAGCCAACCAUGUUUCUUCCUGGAGCAGUGCAGAGAACUAUUGUGCCGGCUUUGGUGGCAGUCUGGCUUCAGUCCACAACGUCUUGGAGUAUAAUUUCCUCCAGCGUCUGGUCAAGACUGGGGGCCACACUUUUGCCUGGAUUGGAGGUUACUAUUUCCAGGGUUUGUGGAGAUGGGAAGAUGGCUCAGUGUUUGACUAUACCAACCAGGGAUCAAUGAGUUCCACUUCCAGUUACCAGUGUCUGCAGGUCAACUCUCAAACAUCCAUUGGCUGGUCCAAUAAUGGCUGCACCACAAGCUACCCAUUCGUCUGUCAGAUAAGGCCAAACUGCUAGUCGUCACAGUGUGUGCAGUGCUCCUCCUGACUUCUACAGAUGAUACUUAAGCUGCUGUUUGUUCUUUAUAAGACUGCAUGU